AUGGAAAAUCAAUUUAUUCUUCGUCGAGCUGAUAUAUCCGAUAUUGAUGCACUAUCUCAACUUUCUCAAAGAACCGUUCGAGAGACCUUUGUUGAAGAUUUGUGUAUUACAUAUCCUGAAAAAUUUCUCGAUUCUUAUUUUCAUUCAUCAGCAAGUCCACAAUGGUUUGCCAAUAAAAUAAAUGAUCCAAAACGAGCUGUUUGGGUUAUAGAAGAUAAGACAAACGACGAAAUUGUUGCUUAUGCUGUUGUUAGUCCUUGUAUUAUUGAUGAGAUUCCUCAUUCUGAUGUUUGUUCAAAUAAAGAUGGAGUACUCAAUCGUCUCUAUGUCAGACGUGAUCGACGAUCUCAUGGUUUUGGUCAACAAUUGAUGAAUGUUAGUUUAUUCUGGUUCACAGAACAUUUUCCGAAACGACCUAUAUGGUUAAGAGUCUUGUCACAAAAUCUCAAAGCACAAAAAUUCUACUUUUACUAUGGUUUUUACAAAGUUGGUGACUGUGAUUAUGUUAAUGGAGAAUGGAAAGACCAUCACUAUAUUAUGAAACGUCAACCUGAUACAGUCUAA